AAACGUGGCCCCAGCUGCAGUCGGCCGUAGUCUAAUGAGCUGAGAGCUGAGCGGCGGCGGAAAUUGAAUGUUGGCUCUAACCAAGCAAGCGGCUGCAGCAGGAAAUCACAUCGGCAUCGCUCUUAGCCAUCUCUCCGCCGAACGGAAACGCUAAAGGUAAAAGUAUCGGAAGCACUAAAACGGAAGUCUUAGGCGUAAUGCCUUGCGCCUGAGUGGAUGCGUAGCAUGGGCUGCUCCAGUUCCAAGACCUCCGCCCCCGUAGAAGACACCAACUCAUCGAAGCCCGGUUCGGCCAAGUCCAGUGCAACUAAAAUGGACGCCAAGAAGGAGUACCCUGCCUCUGAGGCCUUCACCAUUCCGAUGGAGAGCGACGACAAUCCGGAGAUGCCGCUAAACGAGACGGUGCGCCAGCCACCGAAGAGGAUUCAGCAGCUGAUGCAAGAGGCGGCCAGCACGGAGCCACUCACCCUGGAGGAACUGGAGGAGAAGCAGCUGAAGGCCGAGCAGCGGCGCCAGGAGCUCAUGCAGCACAAACUGGAGAUCAUACAGAAGAAUGCCCAGAUGCUCAUGAGGCCUCAUGGGGAAACCGCUGGCGAAGAUGAAGGUGAAGGCGACCGGAACGAAGACGAGAAGGAACAGCCCGAAAAGGUCUAACUAUACAUGCGUAUACUUCUUUUUCAUUCACAUUUUUAUUGUUAGCUUUAAAUUAUAUAUGUAUUACUAUAUAUCGUAGUAUAUUUCCAAACAAUUAGAUUGUAUGCAAUUAAAUCUGCUCUCAUCGUCAAAAUGCUGUCCAUCUGUUCUUGGUUGUAAUCCUAUAUGUCAAACCUUUUCUCUUGGUAGUCAAAAACGUGAUCUAUUUGUAAUCGAGUGUUAAACAUGUACGUCUAAAGGCUAAAUGUAGGUAUUUCGGAUUUCUGUUUUCUGAUUUCUUAUUUCAGAUUUCUGUUUUCAGAUUUCGGUUUUCUCGACUCGCGUUGGCUUGGGUCGUUUAGAUAUUGAUUGCAGUACUAUAUGCUUCAUUAGGAUGUGUGUGCGUGGUUGUAAAUCAUGUCUUUUGGGUUAGUUGGUUGGUUGGUUGCUUGGUUGUUUACACUUGCUCUUGUUGCUCGGUAUCGUUAGUUCAUAUUCAUAUUAAACGUCGUAUUCAUAUAUAUGUACUUGUAUAUAUCGUAUCGUUAGGUAUAAAUAUGCGUACUUGCGUACUGUGUCACAGACACUACAAAUGUCGCUUUGAUUUCGGCUUGAUUCGCACCAGGCCCCGCGUCCCUUCGAUUCUCUGUUCUCGAUUCUCGAACUGGGGCCAACAAUUUGUUAAUAUUUCAAUUAGUUACCUACACACUCAUUAAAAAUGUUCGCUCCCCCGAUCGCAUCGAAUAUAUCGUAGUACCUGGAUGUCGUUUGCUUACACUGUAUGCUAUGUUUUUGUUUACUCUCUCAUAUGCCUUGAAUAUGAAUAUGCUUGCGGUUCACUAUUAGUUAGUUACUGGAAUUGGUGCACUUCGAAGAAGCAAUUGGCUAAUAGCUAUGAGUGGUUGCUAUGAGUUCGGGAUGCUGCCCAAAGAGAUGGUCCGCCAGUCGACGGAUUGGCCACUUUCAGCACAACCUGUUGAUAGGGUUACUAAUACUAUCCGUCCAGUGUCCGGGUCCUCGCGAUCCUGCUCCAAGAUCGUAGAUCUCUGAUUCCAGAUCUCAAUGAUACCCGCCCCACGUCCGUGUCUGUGUCCUGAUCCUCCCCAACUGGGCCAUCUCUUCGACACACGUGCCCCAAACAUAUUGCUUGCGUUACUGUUGUUACUCUUGGGUUAAGAUUUAAGAUCGUCCCGGUUUUUCGGGGACAUUUUCCACGUCAGUUACAAAAGGUUUGUUCUUAGUUGUCGAACCAUGGUGGGUUGCGUUCUUAAUACAUACAAAUAAUCGUUAUUUUAUACAUACAUAUUCCGAUAUAUUAGCAGGUAUGUGUCUACAAAUUGAUUUGCACGGUUGACGCUUGUUCGCCUUUGGUUUGGUUUCUACACACAUGUACAAAAAAACAAACUUUAACUAUUGAAAACGAGCAGUACAAUCACAAUA